AUGCGCGUCGCGCACGCCUUAGCGCUGCUCGUCUUCGCUGCCGCGGCGUGUCACGCUGCCAGCGCGGUUCGCAGGAGCGCUGUGUACGCCGACAGCAGCAGCAGCAGUGUACACUUCGUGUCGCCUGAUGAGGCCAGAGAGCUUCGCGAGGAGGUCCGGGCCAUGUUCUAUCAUGGCUAUAACGGGUACAUGCGUCAUGCGUUCCCUCUGGAUGAGCUUCGCCCUCGGUCGUGCUAA